AUGACCAGUGUCCCUCGGAUAGAAUGGAAACAGGUAAUAAGUGGGAUAUAUCCUCCAGAGGAAGUAAAAAUCCAAAAGUUGAGUCCAGCGCUCAUCCAAGCCAUCAAACUGGGACAGACAUGGACACAUGGUCUACUCCUUGCACAUUUACUACAAAAUCUGGAAGAAUUCAAUCUUCAGCAUGAAUUCAAGCGCAAGCGAAGGGAUUUUGAACGCCACUUUGCUCAAAUGCUUGAUGAGGGUUUGGUUUCGACCAGAUUGCGAUCGCUUUCGUGGAAUACCUCCCAAAAAAUCUAUAUGACAUCCUUGAUCUCUGUAUUCUCGUUCCAUUCCAUAAAAAGAGUAUGCAUUUGGGGUCAGAUCGGUUCCAGCCCCUAUACAACACCUCAAUAUGGGACAUCAGAUGUCGAGGAGUUGGAACUGAGGGAAUCCAAGGUUAUGGAGGUCGAUCUUAUUACACUCCUUCAGCUUCCUCGAGCUCUCAAGAAGUUCAGAUUUUCGUCACCCCGAGACCGCGAUAGCUUGCCUCUACAGGGGCUCAGACGGGCACUUGACUCUGUGUCACGUAAAGUCAAGUUCCUUGAAGUAAUGUGGAACGGGCACCAAGGACCUUAUCUCACCUCGGGACACUGGUCAUUCAAUGGCUUUGGCUCUUUGAAGGUGCUGUACAUAAACUAUCGACUUGUGUAUGGUCCCAGGCCAAAGUUGGCGCCUUGCAUCGCCGACUCUUUGCCCAGAACACUCGAGGUUUUGGCAAUGAGUGUCCUCCCAUACAGUGGUUGGAACGACAAUUUUGUACCAGAUACUUGGGGGCGUCUUCUACACCCUAAAUGUGAGGGUGGCCCGCAAUUUGGACGAUCUCGAGUCCUAGUUGAGAAGGAAGUCUUUUAUGGAGGAUUAUAUGAGGUGGUCAUCGAAGUACUGGAGCAUUUGCAUACGAUGUUUAUCGAGGAUAAUCGCUACGAAAUGCGAACUACCAGCGUCGACAUACUGAAAGUAUCCCUCUGCAGUAAACGAUUUCGACGCAUCGCUAUACCACUUCUCUACCAUACUAUAAAUUUUACCUGGCUUAGACGUCUCGCGAGAUUUUUCGAAACAAUAUCUGAAUCUCCUAACUAUGCUCCUCUAGUAAAAGUUUGCACAUAUGCACCUUAUGGUCUGGACGGAAAUGCAAACUGUCAAAUCAAAAUCUCAGAGGAAGCAGAAGUACGAAAACUAGUUCCAGAGCUCAUUAAAUCCAUCGAAGAGGGGCUGACAUGGACAACUGGUCUACUUCUUCUCUGUCUGCUACAAGAUCUGGAGGAAUUCAAUAUCAAGUGGGGUUAUAACCCGAAGAGUAUUGGAACUCAUUUGUCCCGAAUGCUUGAUAACUCGAUGACGAGAGUGUCCGUUCAUUCCCAUAUCAACUCCCACAGUAAUGUAGCAUCCCACUAUGGAGCAUCUAGUGUCGAAGAAUUGGAACUAAGGAAUACGAGCCUUCGGGAAGAAGGCAUUUCUGAACUUCUUAAACUUCCUCGAGCUCUUAAAAUAUUCAUCUAUUCAGAUGAAUCGGCUCAAAUCUCUCGGCACCCCAUAAUACCUCAGCAUUCUGGUCCUUCGAAACUCCCUGUAUCGCCAAAUCGUUGCCCAAGUCACUCGAGCUUGGCAGCAUCUACUGGUCCAGAAAUCCCCGACUUGCCUGAGCCGCCUCCGGGUGAUCGCCCAUCUUACCCAUUACGACCUUUUACUUCCUCUGACGGAACUAGGAAGCACUCGAG